UCCUUACCUUAGCAAAGAUGAACAAUGCCAACAGUUGAAUUCAAUGAUCUUAAAAGCCUAACACAAAUGUUCUUACCUUUACUUUCACUUUAACUCAUAUAAAAAACAAACAUUGCACUGUUUUCCAAACCAAAAAACAUGAGAUUCUCAACUGUGUAUUUUGUUUUCUCAUUGGUGUUGGUAAUAGAAGCAUCAACAUGUUCCAAAUUUUUCACCAGAGAGGAAAAGCUAUCAGAGUUCAAACACAAACUUGAUCAAACAUUGGCUAAUGCUUCACCACCUUUGGCAUCGUCUUCACAAACAAACACGAGUAAGAGGGUAUUGUACCUGAGUGAAUAUGGUGCAGACCCAACAGGAUCAGAAGAGAGUAGUGAUGCGAUAUUGAAAGCUGUGGAGGAUGCAUUUAAGUUGCAAAAGGGUCUGGAAUUGGUAGCAGGCGUGAAAGAUUUGGGGGGUGUUGUUAUUGAUUUGCAAGGUGGGGAUUACAAAAUCAGUAAACCAAUUACUUUUGCACCAGGUGGUGGCAAUGUUGUGGUUAAAGGAGGAACCUUGAGAGCAUCUGAUACUUUUCCUGGUGACCGACAUCUAGUUGAGCUGAGCUCAUCAAAUUCCAACAAACUCAAGACAGCAGAAUCUAUGCAAAGUGGUAACCUCAGUGACAUAAAGACACAAAACAAUGGCAUUUACUAUGAAGACAUAACUUUCAGGGACAUCCUGUUUGAUUCAAGCUACAGAGGAGGAGGAAUAUUCAUUGUUGAUUCCGCUAGAAUCCGAAUCAACAACUGUUUCUUCUUACAUUUCACCACAGAAGGAAUCCUAGUACAGAAAGGACACGAGACAUUCAUAUCAAGUUGUUUUCUUGGACAACACUCAACAGUUGGUGGUGACCGCACUGAGAAGGACUUUUCGGGGGUCGCUAUUGAUCUUGCUAGUAACGAUAAUGCUGUCACGGAUGUCGCGAUUUUCUCAGCAGCCAUUGGUAUUGUGCUAAGGGGCCAAGCUAAUAUUCUAUCAGGGGUGCAUUGUUAUAACAAAGCAACAGGAUUUGGCGGUAUAGGUAUCUUAGUGAAAUUAGCAGGAAAUUCUUUAACUAGAAUAGACAACUGUUAUAUGGAUUAUACUGGUAUAGUAAUGGAAGACCCUGUUCAAGUUCAUGUCACUAAUGGCCUGUUUCUCGGGGAUGCUAAUAUUUUAGUAAAGUCGGUUAAAGGUCAGAUUUUGGGCUUGAAUAUAGUUGAUAAUAUGUUCAACGGCGAUCCUAAUAAGAAGGUUCCGAUUGUAAGUCUCGACGGGCAAUUUAGUAAUGUUGAUCAAGUAAUGAUUGAUAGAAACAAUGUAAACGGUAUGGGGCUGAGAUCAACCGUUGGGAAGUUAACUGUGAGCGGUAACGGCACAAAAUGGGAGGCUGAUUUUUCAUCAGUUUUGGUAUUUCCUAAUCGGAUUAAUCAUGUUCAGUAUUCAUUUUAUGCUCAAGGGGAGCCAAAAUUUGUGGCACAUUCUGUUACGAAUGUGUCGGAUAAUGUUGUAGUUGUGGAGAGUGAGAAAGAAGCUAAAGGAUCGGUCUUCUUCAGAGUUGAACAAUAAGAAAAAAGAUAACUGUGUUCAUAAAUAAAUGGAAGAGUUCUUCUAAAGUAAUAUUUUGCUUCACUAGUAUAGCUUAUUGCUGCAGAAAUUGAAUGUCUUAUAAGUUUGCAAGUAUUCAUACAAAACAUAACAGUGAAUGAUAUAUUAUAUAAAUUGAAUUCUUACUUAAUGGCUAGAUUUACUAUUUUUAUGAUGAUUAUUAAACUACUAUCUUAUAUCUAGUCUAUUCUUUAUGGUUGGAAAUGUAGAAAAUGAAAAGAUAAUGGAGGAAAGAAGUUGGCUUAAUCAUAGUCAUCCCACUAGGCAUUGUGCAUAAGCAACUUGCACAUCAUCUAAAACUACACAUAUUUGUCUUCAAAACUAUUGGCUAAAUGGUAUGAUAAUGAGAAAAUUGACUAUAGACAAUAAGAAUAAUUUAAUAU